GCCCUCUAAUAGCUCGUAAGCUAGCAUGGCAACUUGUGGCGGCGCGGGCGAUGACGGCGGGCGCUCACCGCUGGCGGUGGUCUACGACGAGCUGGUGGAGGUGCGCCAGCACGCGGCGACGCUGCAGACCAUGCUGCAGGGGUCGCCAAGAGUGUCGGACAUGGACGCGAGGGAGCUCGUGAAGGGGAUGAUGGCCAAGCUGUCCAGCGCUAUGUCGGUGCUGGGCACCACCAGCGGCGGUGUGGAGGCGUCUUCCGGGGCAGUCCGGGGACCAGGUCGGAGGAAGAAGAGGUCAGGCACGGCGUCCGGGCCGCACCGCGAGAGCACCUCCAGGAGAAGGUCGAAGAGCCCUUUCAUCAACAUGGUCACUGCUAGGACGCUCAACGAUGGCAAGACAUGGAGGAAGUAUGGCCAAAAAUAUAUUCAUGCCUCUACUAACCCGAGGAGCUACUACAGGUGCUCUCAUAAGCCAGACCAAGGCUGCCAGGCCACGAGGCAGGUCCAGGAAUCCGACUCCAACCCGUCGGAGUACAUCAUCAGCUACUACGGCCAGCACACCUGCAAGGACCCCUCCACGUUCCGAUCACUCGUCAUCCAAGGCGCCGCCGACGCUGCCCCGCCAGAAGACUGCUCAAACCUCAUCAGCUUCACAUCGAUCAAUGGCGCUUUUGCUCAUCGUGUCGUGAAAGAAGCGGUUGAUCUUCAUCCCAUACCUUACUCCCGCUUCUCCAACUACAGCUCCUCGCCGCCGGUGCAGGAGGGUAUGUCCAGCGGCUCGCUGUCGCCGGCUGGCCACGGGAAGUUCAUGCAGUACGCCGGUGGGCAGCUCGUCGACGUUAUUGGCCGAAGGACGCCGCCGUUAACCGUGGGAUCAGCGCCGGUGGAGUACUGGCCGGUCGUGGGGGUCGCCGACGACAUGGAUGCUGGCGCAGGCAUGGACAGCUUCCCUUCCUCGCCGAGCAGCCUCGGGUUCAUGUCAGGGGGGUCAUUUGGCAAUAAUAUUUACGACGACGACCUGUUCGGCUUCGAUUCCUGACCAAGGUCGUGUUCGUGUACCCAUGCAUAUGCAUGCAUGGGGUAGUAGUAAUAUUUUAUUAUGAAGGUAUAUUGUGUAUGCAUGUAUAUUGGGCAUGUGGAUAGAAGGUAAUAUGUACUGUAUUGGAUGUCAUGUGUAAAAGUAGUACUAGUACUAGGCAGAAUGUAAGUUUGCGAGUACGACCUUUAAAUU